ACCCACAGACACAUUCCUUUCCUUCUCUGCUCUCAUAUUUUCUCCUCCCUCGUUUCCUCUUAUCUCAGCCUCCAUGGCUCUUCUCCUCCCCUCCCUGCUCCUCCUUUUACUCCACUCUGCCUUUGCCCAGCCUUUUCCUGGAUACUAUCCAAGUUCCAGGUUCAGGCCUAUAAGCUUCUAUAAAGGUUUCAGCAACCUUUGGGGUCCUCAGCACCAGUCAGUCUCCCAAGACCAAUCCUCCUUAACAAUUUGGCUUGAUAGGAGCUCAGGAAGUGGAUUCAAGUCAACCCGCCCUUUCCGAAACGGUUACUUUGGUGCAUCAAUCAAGCUCCAAACCGGCUACACAGCUGGUGUGAUCACUGCAUUCUAUCUUUCGAAUGAUCAAGCACAUCCUGGAUUCCAUGAUGAGGUCGAUAUCGAGUUCCUGGGGACGAUACCGGGGAAGCCAUACACACUGCAGACUAAUGUGUAUGUGAGGGGGAGUGGUGAUGGGAGGAUCAUUGGUAGAGAGAUGAGGUUCCACCUAUGGUUCGAUCCGACUGCCGACUUUCAUCACUAUGCUAUAUUGUGGAACCCUGAUGAGAUUGCAUUCUUUGUGGAUGAUGUUCCGAUAAGGAGAUAUGCGAGGAAGAACGGAGCGACAUUUCCUGUGAGGCCAAUGUGGAUCUAUGGCUCCAUUUGGGAUGCAUCAUCAUGGGCUACUGAGGAUGGCAAAUACAAGGCAGACUACCGCUACCAGCCAUUCGUUGCAAGGUUCACCAGAUUCAUGAUUGGAGGGUGCUCAGCCUACGCGCCAUCCAGUUGCCGUCCAGUAGCUGCAUCACCAUCUGGCUCUGGGCUCAGCUCUCAGCAGUAUUCUGCAAUGAGAUGGGUUCAAAGCAAUUAUAUGGUCUACGACUACUGCCAGGAUUCCAGGAGGGACCAUUCCCUCACGCCUGAGUGCUUCAGUUGAGCUAUAUAUCUCGCUAUCACUCAACUGCAUUUAUAGUCUUGGUUUAAGAGAUUGUUUGGUGUCCUUCGGUGUGCUCUUUCUCGUUCUUCUCUGAUUUUUUUCCUCGUGAAAGUGAGGGCUGCCCAACUACGUACCAUAUAUAAGUAGUUGAGGUGUUUGUGGUCUUAGAUCAAUUAUUUAGGUGUUGGUGUCGGUAUUGUAUUUGUGACUAUGUAAUAAUGUUGGUUUGGUCUAUGUAGUAAUUGAAGACAUAAAGAUAGUGAUUGUGUAAGUAAUCUUUGCAGCA